AUGGAUGAGUUUACGAUCUUUUGCACUGCUAUUCUUGUGAUGGGAAUGCUGCUUGGAGCAUUUGCCACUACAGUCUGCAUUCGACCUUUUAUGAUUACAGUCAGAGUGGUGACUGAGGAUGAAGGUUCCGAGAGGAAGCCGCCAAAGUCUAACUUGGGAAGAUCAAAGGCUAUGCCGAAGGCAAAGGCAAAGAGUGUAGCUGAAGCGGUCAGGGAGCAACCUGAUGGGGUCUUCUUUCGGAAUCGCCACCUCUAUGAGAUCUUUCUGGAUGAUGAUGAGACUGUUAGCUUCCACAGAACAUGA